UCAUAUUUUUUUUUCAUUUUUAACCGAUUUAUUAGUGAAAUAGGUAAUCUGUAUAGGUGACCAGAGGUGGAUAAGUGUUUCAGGCAUAAGAUACGGUAGAUGAGAGUGUAUGACAGUAGUGUUUCAGGCUGUUAUUGGCCAAGAUAAGGAGGGUUCCGUGCGGGUUGGUGGCUGACGGACAGGACGGGAUGUUGGUUCAACGCGUGGGAGGUUUGGCAACAGUGUGAGGGUCGAGGGUCGAGGGAGGAGGAGGGAGGAGAUGAGCUCAGCCCAGCCCCAGCCUCAGUAUCACCGUAGGCUUCGUGGGGAGAGGGUGUGCGCGACGGCUCUCUCUCACCCGGUUCACUCGCCCACCCCUUCUAUACAGUGAAAGAUAAAGAGGAAAGGAAGUUAAUAAGUUAAUUUAGUGUGACGGAACCCAAAAGAGGUCACGUGACGAGGGGAGUCCUGCGGCAGCGUUCUGAGGCCAGUGUUGACGUGUGAUGCAAUAAAGAAAAAAAGAUAAAGAAAAGGAGAUAAAGAAGAAAGAGAGAGAAAGAAAGCGAGAGUAUCAGAGGCUGUGAUGUCACCUCUCCCGUCCCUCCCCCGCGCUGCCAAGGCGCGGGAGAGCGAGGGAUGGUGAGCGGUGUUGAAGUGGAGGUGGUGGUGGUGGAGCGGCGGCGGAAUGGUGAUGGUGCGGGCGGGGGCUGGUGGUGAGGCUGCGGCCCUGGUGGUGAUCUCGGUGUUGGGAGCUAUCGGGAACGGCGUGGUGGUGUUGACCCUGCUGAGACGCUCCCUGCUGCACCACCCAAGUAACAGACUGGUGCUGAGUCUCACUGCGAGCAACCUCCUGCUGACGCUGGUAGUGCUGCCGGCCUUGGUGGCGUCUGUAGUGCUGGGCCCGCCUGUACAACCACACCAGUCAGCCCUAAACACCUCCAUCCCAGUCCUAACCGCCCCACAGAACGACUCUUUGGCACAUAACACCACAGAAGUUAGCGUUGAUAUUUUGAAACUCGUGCGGCGGAGCUUGGCGCUAGAUGGCGUUGCGGAUCACCAUGGAGACUCGCGCGGGUUUCGAAGCAAAGGAGCGGAACAGAAGCAUCACGGGCCAUGGACGGGGGAUGAGAAGAAGAGCAAUACGUCGCAGGAGGAGACUUCCCCGUCGAUUGGAGGAACUGAGCAUGGCUGGGAAGGGCCUGACGGAGGGGAUGAAGGAGGAGGUGGUGGUGGUGGUGGGUCGGCGGCGCUGUGUCAGGGAGCGGCGUUCCUCGCUAACCUGGUCACGGCUGCCUCCGCCAUCACUGUAGCCAUCAUUGCACUGGACAGGUAUCUGGCUAUCGUGCGCCCCAUGGUCUACGGCGUGAUGGUGACAGGUAACAGGUGUCUUGUGCUCCUCGGGUGGUGCUGGAUCCAGGCUGCUGUCACCGCUCUGCUCCCCCUCCUAGGUCUGGCGAGGUACGAGCACCACGGUCCUGAGGGUCGGUGCGGCGUGGCUUGGGACUCCUCGCCCACCUACACCGGCGUCUGGGUGGUGAGCGUCUUCAUCGUGCCCAUCAUCAUCAUGCUCGUCUGCUACCACUUCAUCCUGCAGGUCGCAAGAAACAAAUGUCGACGGAUCCACGUUGGCACCGUUUUAGGCUCCAGCAGGGGCUCAAACGUCACUCCAGACCCCUCCUCCGUGUGUGUUGAGCCCAGCCAGACACCCCUCAGUACUACUCUGGAGGUCCCGCAUGGAAACGCAAUGUCCCAAUCUCUCCCGCAAGAGCUUGGGGUUUCGAGGAUGAAUGGACAUGUCGGGAAUGGCAGAGGGCCGGACUUGGGGCAUAGAGGCGCUGGGGGUGUUCCUGGUCCUGGUCCGCCCCUCCUACCAGUGCCAACAUUGACGGUAUCCGGCCUUGAGGUCCCCAAAGGCUCGAUAGUGCCAAGCCGAAGCCGCAGCAUGAAUGGGGUGAAUAAGGUCAGCGAGGGUACCAGCGGGGCCACUUUAGCGCCCAAAAGGAGGUUGGCGGAGUGUGGUCGCUCGCUGUCGUUCAGUCAACAACAGUCCCAGAUGGUGCGGCCGUGUCUCCGCCGGGCCCAGAGCAACAUCUCCAUGCGGCCGUCCACCAUCAGGAAGAAGCUGAGUCUGGUGGGCCGUAAGCCGUCAUGGAGCUGGGAAGCAUCGCCGGCCAAGGGCUUCAGGACGGUGUGUGUGGUGGUGGGCACGCAUGUCUUCACCUGGGCGCCCUACACAGCCCUGGCGGUGGUGGAGGCGAUCCUGGGGCCCAAACACACCCACCUCAUCCCCCACUGGGUCACGGUCACGUCGACGCUGCUGCUGUUCACCGCCAGCGUCUUCUACCCCAUCAUCUACGGCCUCUACAACCGCAGCAUCAGGAAGGAGGUGCUGGCCUGUGUGUGUCCGGGCAGCAGCCGGGCGCGGAGGAGGAGCUGCCACAGACACGCCUCCACACUUAACUCCAACACAGGGAGUGUCCUGGACUUCUCAUCCCUACGUCAGCGGGACAGCGAGGAUCAACAGCUGCAGCAGGAGGCGCUCGCUGCCCAGCUCCUCAACAAGGGGUGUCCGCCCAUUCCUAUCAAGACCAUAUCCGGCACCCUGACCCCCCUGCCCCCCCUCCUGCAGCUGACGGAGUGCGAGGGUCUGCCGAUGCGCGGGUACAACUUCAGCGCCCGGAAACCCUCGCAGGACUCAGAUUGCUGUUUGUAUGAACCUUCUCCAGCACUUACUAAGCGGGAGGUGGAGUCAGGGGCGGUGAUGGGCAGCACAGACGACACCGACUCUGACUUGGAGGGUGCUGUGUCGGCCCCUCAGCAGCCCAGGCAACAGCAGCAGCGGCCGGCACGUAGGGUGUCAGCGCCGAGCAUUCUGGACACCGUAUGCGAGGACCCACUGACCACGGUGGCGAUGAUCCAUGGUGGCAGCACGUGUAGCAGCAGUAGUAGCAUCAGCAGUAGCAUCAGCAGGACGUCUCAGGGCAUGCAGAGAAAGCUCCCGAUUCUUCCUCUCUCGCCACAGCUGCCGCGGAUGAAGUGCAGUCGCAAGUUGGCGUUGUGGCGCUCACACAGCCUCGAGAAACUGAGUCACUCCGCCAACGAGAACCAGGAAAGCAUGUCGCUGAUGAGGAAGGGAACGUCACCCUCGUUAAGAAAGAAGAAUUUCCUGCUGCCGCUGGUACGGGAGACACAGUUCAAUGACCCACCCGCCUCAGACAGGUCCCGGAGGAGGGGCUCAAUCCACGCCAGAAAGGUGACGGCGAUCCCUGAGGACACUGGCAUCUUGGAGUGUCCCGAGUUCCCUGAUUCAGGCCGGGGGAGUGUGGACAGUGGCGAGGCGAACAAGACUCGCGCCAACAGGCAGAUCAGCAUCGACGAGGGCCUGGGAGCCGAGUGUCUGGCAGAGGAAGAGAAUGCAUCGGAAGCUUAGCCAGACAAACAGACAUUAACAUGGACAGUAUUGGUGCAACGUUAGUCCCUUAUGUUAGUGAAGUGAGACUGGCGAUGUGAGUGAAGGCUGUGGAGAGGUGAGACAGACCUGAACAUGGAAGACCUAACAGUAUUUUGAGAUGACGUUGGUCUCUAAGUUAGUCAAGCGAGGUUGACAACAUUGGUGAAGGCUGUAGAGAAGUGAGACAUGGAAGAUCUAACAAUACUGACAUGAUGUUGAUUCCUUAUGCUAAUAAAAUGAGACUGACAUUACUGAAGCCUAUGGACCCAGAGUAUAACGGAACAAGGGAGUGAAUGUAAACAAAGAAAGGAAGAAGGAAGGAAGGAGGGAAUAAAGGAAAAUAGAAAAGAAUGCGAAGAUAAAGAAGAGAAAGAGAAGGAAACGAAAGAAUAAGUACUAAAGGAAGAGGAAGAGGAGGAAGACUAAUAUAAGGAAGGAAGACUAUAAGGAAUACUGAAGGCUGUGGCUGCAGAGUAUGUGGUUAACACUGGACAUUCCUCUGGUGGCUUUGGGUUCAUUAGUCAAGACAACCCUGUUUGGUGCAUGACUGUACGGUUUUAGCGAGGGAACAAAUAACGGUUACCAGUGACAAUAAUACCUCUGGAUACCUCUGAUGACACCGCUGUGCACCUGCUACCUCACUUCAUGUGUGAGUGUUGUCAUCAUGCCAAAAAUACAUAAAUAUAGUUUACAAGGAAUCUCUGCGGCCGAAGUACAGUGACGGGCUGUUCACUGGUGAUGCUCCAUACUCGGCAAAACAUACUCAAGUGUUGUAUGAUGUAACAGUGAGUGUUUCCAUACACUCUUCAGACAGUCUGGACCAGCACUUCAGGAGGACCCAAGGCCUGACUGCAGUGCUUCAUUUGUGAGGAUGGACUGAGAUGAAUCAAUUAUUUUUGUAUUGCGAUGCCAAUCACAGCGUGGGAAUCAUCUCUGCACUGUUUGCUGGCUCCUCAAGAUCAAGGGUAUGGCUGUCCAGGCUCACAGGUUGUACCACAAUGACAUAAGGGUAUGAUUACUGUUAGUCAGUGACAGUAAGAGUCCCAGCAAGCAUUCCAGCCAGUGUUCAUCAGACUAUGGACAUGUUUAUUGGAAAGAACCAUUUAUAGGAAUGGAACUUUACAAGAUCCAUAAGGGCUACAGGACGUUGAAGGGCCCCGGCCACCACCACCACCAGCUUUAAAGAGUUACAACUUGGCUCGGUACAUGACUGGCAGCAGUAUUUGUAUAGUCCAUAGUAUUACUGUAGUAGCAGUAGUGGUAGUACCUGUAGUGUAGUGAUUGUCUGGGGUGUUACUGGCCUAGUGUUACCCCAAGUUCCUGUUGUAAGAUUUUGUUUUGGGGUCCCCGAUCAGUGGCAUUACUUAACCUCAUUGGAGGCGCCCGACAGCUGAUGUGCGGCACUGUGGCGCAACACACAGCUGGCGCGCCACCCAUUCCACAACCCAAAUGAUGACUAGCAUUAGUGUGACAAAGAUGACUGCUAAGUCUUGAAGGGUAAUUAUCUUGUUAGUGUUGGUUUGGUGGAGGAAGUGGUUGGCUCGUGUUGCCACUUCCGUGACGUCAUAAACUUGUGUAGAGAUUAUCUUUUAAUCUUUAGUCAUCGUAAACAUCAGGUAUUUACACUGUACUCUUUCUGGUUGUCCUUUCUGUGAAAGAACCUCCAUUAUUUUUGCAACUUAUUUUGCACUUUGUUACUCUACCGGUCUACAUGAUACUUUGUUUGUUACUUUACCGACUCACAUGAUCAGUUGUAGAUGUGUUACUUACUAAUUCAAGACUGACCUCCCAGAUAGCAUUAAAGUAGUAGGAAGAGCUUAAGGCGUUCAAGAGGAGUUUCAUAAUAUCAUGGACAAAUUUUGGUCCAAGUUGUGUGUAUAUAUAUUAGCUACUCAGACACCUAACACCGUCUUCCUCACAUGUAAAGUAACUCUCGUAGAUACUCUUGCUUAUGAUGAGAUCUUCCUCUUGGCUUUGACAACAAGCUUGGUAGAUUAGCUCAUGAAGGGUAAACACGCAAGACCCGGACACUCCAGGAAAUAUAACACCGAGGGCAUUACUAUUUUAGUCAACCGAGUCACUUAUAUUUCCUUAGAGGUGUAUGACUUUAGUGAUUCCUUUAGUAGAACACUUGUAUGACUGCCUUUCCUUAGUAUACAUCAUCCACUUCUCUAUCUUCCUCUUACUUGUGAAACGUAUCAUAUCCAUUCUCUUCCCUUACAUAUAAUUAUCUCAUUACGACACACAAUACCUAAGAGUAGACAUGACAUAAACACUUUACUGCCUUGUACAGGAAUACCUUUGAUGUUUUAUGUGUCUUGUGAUAGCGCCCAGUAGCCAUGUAGAGAGCGAUCGAUUGAGUGUAUAUUUGAGUGUGUGUGUGUCAAUAGUGGGUACGUUUGCCUCACUGCCUCUCUAACUUCCCUCAUAAACCCAAGAGAGAGAAGUUAGAGAAAAGGGCAGACAGUAAGGUGUAUCAGGGAAUAGUCAUAACGGCCUGUGUGUGUGUGAAUGUAUAAACGACAUAACAUGAUUCAAAAACUCCGUGAUUUCCGUGUACUUCCAAUAAAAGAAAACGACACCUCCAGGCAAAUGUCGGAUAAGUCUAUUUUUAUUUAUUUCAUUACAAGUUACUCGCAUUUUUUACAUUAAUCUAACUUACUACAUUAAGAAAACAUUGGCGAAAAACAAAGAACUAUGAACACGAAUGGAUUGGAAACAUGACAUUAUGAUACCUAGGGAAUUCUACAUCUGUGUGUGUGUGUGUGUGUGUGUGUGUGUGUGUGUGUUAGUGCAGGACAAGUGACAAGCGUUACAAAUGCUUUACAAAACAUAUCCGAGAAAUGUUUUAAAAGGACAAUAAGAUGUACUAGUAAAUGCUCAUGGUAAUAUCUGACAAAUGUUUAAAGAGAAUAUAAUGAACUAGUGAAGCUCCUGAAAGUGUAUCUGAGAAAUGUUUUAGGAUUAUAUGAAGGAUUAGUAAAUGGUUAUUGAAAUGUGGCAAAUGGUUCAGGAUGAAAGACUCCUGUUAGUAUCCCUUCCAUCCUUCUUCCCUUCCCUUCCCACUUUAAAAACCCUCCUUCUAUCUUUCCUUCCUUCCCACCUGACAAACCCUCCUUCUAUCUUUCCUUCCUCCUCUCCUUCCCUUCCCACCUUACAAACCCUCCUAUCUUUUCUUCCUCCUUUCCUCCUCUCCUUCCCUUCCCUCCUUCCUUCCCACCUUACAAACCCUCCUAUCUUUCCCUUCCUUCCCUUCCCUCCUUCCUUCCCACCUUACAAACCCUCCUUCAAUCUUUCCUUCCUCCUCUCCUUUUCCCUCCUUCCAACUUCCCUUCCGAAUAGGCUACCUGACAAAUGUUUUAGGACAAUAUGACAUACUCGUAAACACUUCUGUAAAAAAAAAACAAUGAAGAACACUAAGGUACCUACGCACUAUGAGGUCGAUAAACACCUUCGGCUAGUACGUACAGAAGACUCGUAAACACACAAGCCGAGAAACACAUUCAGGUACAUAAACUGAAGACUCGUAAACACACAGGCCUGCUGGGGGCAACAUGUGCAUUUACGGAGCGGAGGGGGAAGGAAGUGUAUGUGUGUGUGUGUGUGUUUCUGUGAUACGCGCACGCCUGCUGGUGACAAGGCAGAGUCGCUUUGAUGAUAUUUACUUAAUGUUUCGUGUCUUGCAUGAUGAUGACAAUGAUGAUGAGUGAAUAAUAGAUGUUCGGUGUACAGUGUAAGAAUAUAUUUUCUGUCCAUAAACGUGUCAUUCAGU